CACUAAACUUUAUACAGUGUAACUAUGUAUAUUGUCCAUAUUUAAUAUCACAAGCUUAUAAACACUUGCUAGGAAAAUAUGUCCCAAUCAGAAAUACUUACUCCAACAUAUGAGAUUGGGACUACAUCGUUUUACGAAUCCCACGUUCGCCCAGUGGUUGUGGAGUUCUUAGGUACCACAAUAUUGGUUUUUUUGGUGUGUAUGUUUCCUGCUACUUCUUCUACUAUUUACCAGAGCGCCUUCGUCUAUGGAUUUGCCACACUGUUCCUCAUUGUGAGUUUUGGUGACAUCAGUGGAGGUCAUUUUAACCCCGCCAUUACACUUGGCUGCACACUAGCGGGAGCACUGCCAAUUUCUCUGUCGGUUUGUUACUUCAUUGCCCAGAUACUCGGAGGGAUGCUUGGGGCGGCCUUUGUACGGGCUGUUUACCCGCUGAAAAUAUACAAGACCAUCGUAGGUGGAUCUACAGUUCUCAACAUUAUGCAAGGCAUGAAACCUGGAUGGGGAGUUAUGACAGAGGCCUUACUUACGUUCAUCAUCGUGUUAACAUUCCUGCAUUCUGUUGUCGAUAAGAGGAGUAAGCUCGCUCCUUUGUCUGUUGGUGUUUCUGUGGCUGCCUGUUCUUUUGUUGGGGCGUUUCCGACCGGAGGAUCUAUGAAUCCUGCGAGAAGUUUGGGACCGGCAAUAGCCUUUUCUGUUUAUUCCGAUUAUGUAGAUGACCUAAUAUGGAAAUACCAUUAUAUAUACUGGGUAGGACCUUUAGCUGGGACAUUGUUUGCCGCUCUGAUGUACAGGUUUGUGUUGGCAUCUGUAAAUCGGAGGAUUCGGUUACUUUGACCAUGAGAGGAGACUGCAUCCUAGUUAGAUCUACAUGUUUGUCAGUUUGCUGCUUUUCUACAACUUUAUUAGCUGGUUUCGAGGUUGUUUCUAAUCAUACUUUC